AUGGCAAUUCAGCAGGCUACCAUCACCACGACCACGAGUGUGACAGAGUCCCGGAGCUCAAGUCGUGACGAGGGUUCCAGCUCUGAGGGUCGAAACAAGGAAACUGAACCGAACCGACUUGCCAUUGCCCAGUCGCUAAGCCCGGAGGAAUUGGUGGUCUUGAGCAAAAAGGUCAAAUGGAAGGCCGAUAAGCGCUUGAUCGGUAUGGCAUGGAUUAUGUAUGUCCUCAACUACUUUGACAGAAACGAAAUUGGAGCGGCAAGAGUGAUUGGCAUGCAACAAUCACUGAACAUGACCACGACACAAUUCGGUGUCGCGAUUGCACUUUUCUUCGUCGGGUACAUGUCCAUGCAAGUCCCUUCGAACUUUCUCCUCACGAGGCUCCGUCCCUCAUUAUACCUUCCCGCAUGCAUGAUUGUAUGGGGUGCCUUAUCAGUGGUGACUGCUUUCGUCCACUCGAAAGCUGAGCUGUACGUUGUUCGCUUCUUCCUGGGCUUCUUAGAGGCGCCGUUUACGGUCGGGCUCCUGUUCGUGGUAUCAUCUUGGUACACGAGGUCGGAGUUGGGUUUGCGAAGCGCAUUGCUUCUGUCAGCACCCAUGGUGGGUAGCGCAUUUUCUGGUCUGCUCUCGGCUGCAAUCUACCGGGGCAUGGAAGGUGUCGCGGGCAUUCAGGCGUGGAGAUGGAUGUUUAUUCUUGGAGGUGCCUCCACCGUUCUGGUCGCCUUUGUCGCAUUCUGGGUCCUUCCGGAUUUCCCUUCGAAUACUCGCUGGCUAUCCCCCGAGGAACGCUCAGUGGCCGAGUGGCGACUGAUUCUCGAUGCUGGCCAAGUGGACGAAGAUGGCGACCCAAGCUGGUCUUAUGGCGUAAGAUCGGCGCUACGGGACUGGCGAGGGUAUGCUUUUGCCCUGAUGUGUCUAUUAGGAUCGCUUGCUGCUUCGACCAACGGAUUCUUUCCAUCGGUGGUCAAGACUCUCGGAUUCCGUCGCACCAACACUCUCUUGCUCACAGCUCCUCCUUAUCUGGUUGCUGUAGUCGUCGCGAUACUCAACAGCUGGUGUUCUGAUCGUUUCCGCAACUGCUCCUUCUUCAUUAUUUGGCCACUCCUGGCGGCCAUCAUUGGGUUCAUUGUAACAGCAACCUGCUCCGACCUGGGCGCUCGGUAUUUGGCCAUGUUCCUGAUGAUUGCCGCAGGACAUAGUGCCAAUGCGGUGGUCAUUGCUUGGGUCCAGAAGAGUGUGAUUCGGCCUCGAACAAAACGAGCAGUGACUAUUGCUUUUGUCAAUUGCAUAGGCGGUUUCUCCCAUAUCAUAAGCUCCUUUCUCUAUCGCGACAGAUGGGCGCCACGAUACACCAUCGCCAUGACGGUCAAUUCAGCAUCGGCUCUGGCAACAAUACUGCUUGCAGUUGUCAUGCGCAUGGUUCUCCGUCGUGCCAACCGGAAGCUCAAUGAGGGUACUGAUGUAGCUUCGGUGAUGCACGGCGAGUCAAACGCAGAGAUUGCAGGCUUGUCCGAACAGGAAAGGCGGACGGCCAAGGAGGGCUUCAGAUAUGUUACGUGA